AAUCAUUUAUUCUCCUCAUGGCGACGAUAAGGUAGCCUGGACUAUCGACGGCGGUACACCGGUUUCUCUCCACUCUCUUUGAACACCAGGACAGAUAGGGAGCUGACUCGGAAAAAAUCGAUCAAACUUUCCGAACUGCCUAAAAACAAAAGAUCUCGAAAUUCUUUCAGUACACUACUCUUGACUGCACGAGAGACGGUGUCUUGUGUGAGUAUGUUAUAUUCGCUGGCUGCCUAGACUUUAUGAAGUACCGCUAAAAUGUUACGCCCAACGAAAAAAGUUAAAUUAUCACAAACCAUUCUCCUACAAAAGUUUCAUCGUCGGUGUUCCCAGCAUUGCCAGAACAAGCGCUCUUCGUACAUUUGUAACCAAAGCUCAGAAAAUUUUAGUGUUGAAUUCCUGUCUGAUGAACAUGCGUGCCAGAGGCCGAAGUUCGCCAAAAUUCCUAUAGCUGUCAUCUAUUGUGUCUGCUCAUCAAAUUCUAGGCAUCAUAAACUGACCCUGGCUGAGAGUGAAUGCUUAUAGGCCUAGCUAGCUGGAGACGUGGUUAUAGUUUGUUGGUGUGGUAGCCUUUACGCUGAUACGUCAUUUGUUCAGAGUUCGAGACAAGCUCAACAUCAAGGAGGCAGGAGGAUCCGAGGAAUACUGAUCCAAGAUGGUUGUCGCUGGUCCAGUUCUACCGGGGGAACAUCCCGCCCGAAGAGAGAACGGAGGAAGCAAAAGAAUGGUUGAGUAUCCCGAAGGGGGUGCGAACAGAAAAGCCUGUAAAGCAUCCCAUACUAUUGAGAACAUGAUUCCUCAAGAGAGCCAGGCAAAUAGUUGUCAGCUUGGCUCUGAGCAACUGAUUUCCUUAUUUGUAAAAUACUAUUACACUCUCCAAAGUGAAGAAAAAGAGAUUCAUUUUUCCACUGCUGAGUUUAACAAAACUGAAAAGAAUAAAAUGUCUAAGGAGCUAAUGCUAAAAAUUGUUUAUAAAUUGAUUGAAUCAGAGGAAGAAACAACAAAUACAGUCUCAAGGCCCAGGCUACAAGAUACAGAGCUCCAGAUGAAGAGUCCAGAUGUGCCAGCUGGAACGCAUGACUCGGGUGAACUCCAACAAGUACCAUCCCCUUACAAAGUCAACGCGGCCAAGCUUGCUGCCAUUUUAGGGUCCAUGGUGGAUGAGAAUUGUUUGCAAAGUAAUGAAAAACUUUUGGAAGCUAAAUCUGUGGAAUCAAAAGAAGACCAGAAUGAUAGCAAAAGAUGUCAUGAUAUUGAUACAAUGUUUGGUAUGAAAUUUUUCAAUGUGAAAGUGCCUCACGCUGUGGUUUAUCAUCAGCGGGUUGAUGUACCAAGGAGCAUUGGAGACAUACCAUGGGGGUCUCUGAAGGAAGAAAAAUGCAGGCUUUACACUUUUAGCAAAUAUCCUUUGAAUGCUUCUCAAUCAGCCAUUCUCUUGGCUAAAGAUGGUUUUGCGUACUGUGGUAGUGGCGCCACAUCAGAUGACUCUGUGAUUUGUUACUUCUGCUCUGCCAGUCACAAGGGCUGGCUCGUCACAGAUAAGAUCCAUGAUGUCCAUGCCAGGUUGUCUCCUGAUUGCCCAAUGAUCUCUCAUGUAAACUGCAACAAUGUCCCUAUGCCGGUGCUUCAAAAUGGACAUGCUCUGUUUGACCAGUUGCAGAGCAAGGAUGAAAAGUCUGUUUGUAGUGAGCCACCGAAAAGUUCUGGGAACACAGAAGAAAUACAAACUGACUGUUCCCUAGAAGUAGAUCAGCCGGAAUCUGAGAGGCGCCAUGUGCGUGGCAGCCAUAGCCAUGUAAGUCAGUAUCAGAAUACAGAGGCCCGUGCUCCAGCUCCAGUGCCUAAACCUACUCAAAUAGCAACCAGAUCUUUGAUGAACCAAGGUCAUUCGAAGAGCAAUAUGCCGGCUCAGUCAUCUGGGAAUAGAAGAGGGUCCAACACUGUAACUGCAUAUCAAGUUUCCAAUGCCAAUGCCAGCUUCAAUGUGAUUACUUCCAGCAAUGUGGUAUCAAGCUCUGGACCUGUCAGUUCUGUUGCAGCUGAUGCUGAGUCUGGAGCCCAAGCAGCUUCCAGGUCUGAGACGAAUGGGACACCUCAGACAACAACAGCAGGUGACUACACAUCACAAGCAACUGCCGCGACUACAGCAACAUCAUCAGCUUCUCAAGGGGGGAGAACGGAGAACAGCUCUGGUUCAUCUACAUCACAGUCACCUGCUCCUGCAAGCUCCAGAACACCCAGCAGUCAACCGUCCUCAACACCCUCUGAUACAACUGCUGGUGGAGAAGGACAGUCUACUACAACUGAGCAGCAGGGGCAAACUAGACCUUCAGCACCGCAGUCUAAUGACUCCACUGGCAGUACUACCCAGCAGCAGGGAGCAGGCCCUUCCUACCAACAGUUAGGCAUCAUUACAGAGAGACCCAAGAGGUACGAGUAUGCCCUCAAAGUAGCACGCUUGAGAAGUUUUGAGUCCUGGCCAAGGGGACAUCACCUGACCAAAGAAGAGCUUGCCGAUGCAGGAUUUUACUUUGCAGGCUAUGGUGAUUGUGCAAGGUGUUAUUACUGUGGUGGAGGUCUACGAAACUGGGAAGUGAAUGAUAACGUCUGGGUGGAACACGCGAGAUGGUUUCCAAAAUGUGCCUUUCUCAGACAGACGAAAGGUCAAGCUUUUAUUGAUGCUGUGAAAAGGCUGAGUGAUGACAACAUGGAUGAGAUUUCGUAUCAGGAUGUGAUGAGAGAAAUGGGUGGCACGGCAGCUGGUGAAGACCUCAUGACAAGAGAAGACCCCUUGAAGUGGGAUGCUGCUGUGCUGGCUGUCACUGAGAUGGGUUUCCAGAAAAGUGAUGCCGAAAGUGCUGCAAAACAUCUAAAAAAUGAAGGUGAAUCCCUGUCUGCGGACAAACUGUUUAAAAGGUUGGUGGAGACGAAGAAACCACGGAGUCAAACAGAGUUGGAUCCUUGCGAAAGUGUCAGCAGUGAACAUAGCGACAGUAAGGAUAGGGAGACGAUUAGCUCCCUGAAAGAACAAAACAGCCAGCUUCGCCAGCAAACUGUCUGCAAAAUCUGUAUGGACAUGGAAGUUUCUGUCGUUUUCCUUCCCUGUGGACACUUGGUCAGCUGUUCUGAGUGUGCGUCAGCCUUGGAAAGUUGUCCUGUGUGCCGACAGAGUGUGCGAGGAAUUGUUCGAGCUUUCAUUGGUUGAAAGUUGUAAAGAAGCAAGGUGCAGUAGAGAGCUAUGACUGCUGUGAUGGGAAAACUGUUUGUUACCGUGAUAGAAGGAGAAUUUUUGGUUCAAUUUGUAGAAGGAGAAAAAAACUCCAGGGAGAGAAGAAACUAUUUUGUAUUUGAUCACAACAAAGUGUGCACACUAGGUUCCCCCUAAGGGAGUCGAGUUUUCAUUUGAUGAGUCUCAGGGUUUCCUGAAUGAUUACGUUUCUAUUGAGAUUGAAUUACGCUACUUUGUGGGUGGUUUAACUCAUUCGCUACAGAUUCUUCUCCAGUCCACAUAUUAGACAAUUUAAGCAAUUCUGAAUAAUUCCAUAUAAGAUACCAGUGGGGGUUUUUUCUGUUUGUGAUCCUUUUUCAAGAUUAUAAAAAAAAAUGUUUUUCAAUAUAUCGGAUGUUAUAAUCCAAAUGUACAAAUAAUAUAUGGAAUGUAGGUAAAUAACUGCAAAUUUUUCAAUAUUUUUCAGUUCUAUAUUUAUUUAUGGUUAUUUUGAUGUAUCAUUCGACCAGGUGCAAACAUAUUUUUUGAGUUUCACCAAAGAUUAUGAAGUUUUUAUUUUCAAAUUUUAUCCGCAUCCAAUCAAAAUUGUGUUGCAUAAUCGCCUCUUACAGGAACAAAAGUUGAAAAUACGUAGCGAAUGAGUUAAUAUGCUUUGUUCCCUGUGAAAUUUACUAAAAAGUGGGAUAGAGGUGACCAUAGUAUGUAGUGCAAUAUGUUUAAAACGUUUGGGUGGCUUUGACCUCAGCUUUUCAACAUAAAAAAUUGUUUUAAAAUAUGUUCAUUUCAUUUUUUUUUCCCAUUUCAUUAUAAUUAUGAUUUGUUAGUAGCUUAAGGGGGAGACGAUCCCGGAAAAAUGUCCUAACAAAAGACUUCCAUUCUCUUUCAUGUAUUUGUGCAAGUAGUUCAUGGUAAAAUGGAUGUAUUGACUCACUAGGCUUGAGCCUAGUCCCGUGUAUUUACGGUGUUUUUGAAAAUCUAAUCGCAACAAAAUGUGCACAGUAGAUCUUCCUAAGGGAAUUUUAAAUUGAUAAGUGACAGAGUAGGCCUAGUUACUUUCAGUUCCAGUUCUUGGUGUCCAUGUGUUCCUGGAGUUGCUUAACUCACUGAAUGCCAGGGGUUGAAAUCCCAAUGCUCCAGGGGUUGAAAUCCCAAUGCUUCAGGGGUUGAAAUCCCAAUGCUUCAGGGGUUGAAAUCCCAAUGCUUCAGGGGUUGAAAUCCCAAUGCUUUAUUUUUUUUUAUUAGAAAAAGAUUAUUUCUUUGAAUUUUUACGGAAAUAAACAUAACCAAUGUUAAAAAAUCAUUGUUCUUUUAAAUCAUGUCAAGGACCAUUAUAUUUGAUAUUGUACAAAUUUGGGCAAAUAUCAAAGGAAAACCAAAGAUGCACUUUUUUAUUUUUAGCCUGCAUCAUAAUACACAAAAAACUGUCUGUUUUGAAGGCUAUAAAAAAGACCAAGAAGGAAAGUUAGCCUUCUGAGUCUACUCUGAAUAAACUUUUGGUCUUUGCGAACACAACUCUGUUUA